AGGCGGCUUGGCCAGCCCGUCAUAUCUCUAACGACCGUUCGCUGGCGUGGGUGUCCAAGGACGCGUUUGGAGAUCGAACUUAAGCAGUUGUCAAGCGAGCAACGAAGAAGCAUGAGAAACACGUGGUGCUCUUUGCUCGUGGUCCAGGUGCUGGCGCUGCAGGCGGCGACGAUGCCACAGGGGCCUAGGGUCCCUCACAAUCCUCAGGGGCAGCAGAUCAUCUUCGGGACACACUCCGUCUCCGAGAGACCAGUAUUCAGGCCUCAUCCCUCUAUAGGAAGACCAUUUUUAACGCCCAAUGUCCCCAAGCAAGGAUCAGCCUCCGACCCCAACCUGAACGGCCAGACACUAGCCUUCCCGUCCAAUUUCGACGUGCAACGACCACCAACCUUCCAAUCCAAUGGAGCCCAAUAUGUCUUUACACCCGACUCCUCCGCCUCGAGAGCGGACUUCGGGUCCGUAAACCAGAUCAGCUUCCCGGACGAAUCAACUCCAGCUCCGCCGCCGACGCCCAACUCCCUUGGCACGAGGAUCCUCAUCUCCGCCCCCUGCAUAGGAAACUGCAUGACGAAGAGGUCUGGCAGGUGCGAACUCGACGCAUCUUGCUUGUUUGGCUGAUCGAGCACUCUGGCAGUGUAUUCAGUGCAACCGUGAUGCAAGCUACCCCCGCCUCCCCAUUAGUGUGUGUCUAGUACCUCCAGGUGCGCGGUCGGAGUUGCUUUAGUCUCGAUCUGUGAUAGUGGCAUGAGAAGCAUCAGAGAAGGGCCCGAGGGAGGAUGGCAUGGUGACUGAGCUCACCAGUCAUGUGCACAAUUAUGGUGCAUCAUGAACGUUUUUGAAAAUUGCAUAUUUACUUUCUAGUACUUGGAAAGAUCACCAAACACU